CAGGGAUCACCGCGGAUGCAAACAUUCUCAUAUCCUAUGCUCGCCAGGCCGCUCAGCAGUAUCUGCUCACCUAUAACGAGGAUAUUCCUGUUGAGCAGUUGGUGCAAAGGCUAUGUGAUCUAAAACAGGGAUACACACAAUACGGAGGUCUACGCCCUUUUGGUGUCUCUUUCAUCUACGCUGGUUAUGAUAGUCACUACGGUCUUCAACUUUAUCAUUCUGAUCCAUCUGGAAAUUAUGGUGGAUGGAAGGCGACGUGUAUCGGAGCUAAUAACGCGACGGCUCAAUCAUUAUUAAAACAGGAUUAUAAAGAUGACAUUACCCUUAAGGAAGCAAAGGAAAUUGUGGCAAAAGUGUUGAGUAAAACAAUGGACUCUACUACUCUGAGCAGUGAAAAAUUGGAAUUUGCCACCAUCAGUCUUAAUGAGGAAGGGAAAGUUGUAUAUCAUCUUUAUAAACCUGAUGAAAUUGAUGCCCUAUUGAAAGAGUAUAAUUUAGGCGGCCAAACAACUGAAGAAAAGUAG